AUGUCCUCAACAGCUUCCAGCUUGGCUGCGAAGGUGUUUGAGUCCAUCAGAAAGUUCGGCCUGACUCUAGAAGUUGCAGGAGGCGUGGUGAACUCUGCCUUAUAUAACGUGGAUGCUGGGCACAGAGCUGUCAUCUUUGACCGAUUCUGUGGAGUGCAGGACAUUGUGGUAGGGGAAGGGACUCACUUUCUCUUCCCUUGGGUAAAGAAACCCAUUAUCUUUGACUGCUGCUCACGACCUCGGAAUGUACCAGUCAUCACUGGUAGCAAAGAUUUGCAGAAUGUCAACAUCACACUAUGCAUCCUCUUCAGGCUGGGGGCCAGCCAGCUUCUUCGGAUCUACACAAGCAUCGGUGAAGAUAAAAGAACUUCUAAAGAUGCCAUUGAGUUCAUUUUUUUGUUGAUCAUAUCUUACACUGCUGAGCAUGCAGCUUACCCUUAA